UUUUAAUGGAGUUUUAUGGCUACACGUGUUUUGAUGGUAAAACAGUGGCCGUAUGAAGCUGCUGCUAUAGCUUUUGAGGCUAUACCACGUACUUUGGCUCAGAAUUGCGGGGUGAAUGUGAUUAGAACAAUGACGGCGCUGCAGGGAAAGCAUGCAAAUGGUGAAAAUGCAUGGAUUGGCAUUGAUGGUAACACUGGUGUGAUAACUGAUGUGAAAGAGAAAAAGAUAUGGGAUGCCUACAACGUGAAGGCCCAGAGUUUUAAAGCGGCCAUAGAAGCUGCUUGCCUACUUCUCAGAAUCGAUGACAUUGUGAGUGGGAUGAAGAAGAAGCAGCCUCCUGGUGGCAAAGCUCGUUCGAAGCCUCAAGUUGAGAGAGAAGGCGAUGCAGAUAAUGAGCAAAUAAUUCCGGAGUGA